UGGCCCCGCCCCCUCCUUCUCCGCCUCUCCCUGCCGCUCCGGCCGCGGCUCCUCCCGAGGGCCGGUUCCCGCUGUCUGUGCCGCGGCGCCUGGGGCACAGCGGCGUAACUGACCAGCUGGCUGCUGGGUUUGGGAGCUGCCGCGUACAUCGGGAAACCGGGACCGAGUCGUCCAGCCGCGCCCCUCGCCCCUUGCCCCGGCGGGCGCCCGGCUGGCGAGCCGCGCUCCGGCCCUUCCCGGGCGGCGACGCAGCCACAGCCCGCGCCCAGACACAGAUGUGGGAAGAUAAAUGAAGGGGUCUAGAAGUAAAAUAAACAUCAGUGGAAAGAACAGCUACCAUCACUGAGGGCUGUAAACAGUGAAAUCACUUUCAGAGGUAAAAGACUAUUAAGAACACAAGAUGGGCACUCCUGGUUCUGGAAGGAAAAGAACACCUGUGAAAGACCGAUUUUCUGCAGAAGAUGAAGCUUUGAGUAACAUCGCCAGAGAGGCAGAGGCAAGACUGGCAGCAAAACGGGCUGCCCGGGCAGAAGCAAGAGAUAUACGCAUGAGAGAACUGGAACGACAACAAAAAGAGGAAGAUUCGGAAAGGGCCAGGUAUUCCCACCGGUCCAGUCAUCAUCGUCCUUAUCUGGGAGUUGAGGAUGCAUUGUCCAUUCGAAGUCUUGGCAGUCACAGGUAUGAUGUGCUCAAGGAUAGAUCAUCAAGACUUUCAUCAUUAAAUCAUUCUUACAGUCACUCUUCUGGAAUGAAGAAGAGGUCUUCUGGUUCUCGUAAAGACCUGCUGAGUGGCCUCUAUUUUGACCAGAGAAACUAUAGCAGUCUUAGACAUAGCAAACCCACCUCUGCCUACUACACUCGGCAGUCUUCUUCCCUGUACAGUGAUCCCCUGGCGACAUCUAAGAGUAACAGGGCCUCCCCUACUGCAAAUUCUGGUCUGCUGAGAAGUGCCAGUCUGGCAUCGUUGUACAGUGGUGGAUCAUAUAACCCUUAUGGUUCUCGAACUCCAUCUGAGUACAGUUGCUACUCAUCAAGAACAAGUUCAGCCCGAAGCAGUCCUGUGUUUACCAACGAUGACAACGCGAGCAUUGUGUCUUCUGAUCGUGCCAGUCGUGGGCGAAGGGAGAGUGUGGUUUCUGCCGCUGAUUAUUUUAGUCGCUGCAAUCGUAGGGGCAGUGUUGUCUCUGAGGUGGAUGACAUCAGUAUUCCAGAUUUGACCAGUUUGGAUGAAAAAUCUGACAAACAGUAUGCUGAAAAUUAUACCAGACCUUCAUCUCGAAAUUCUGCCUCGGCAACAACCCCUUUAAGUGGAAAUUCAUCCAGACGAGGAAGCGGGGACACCAGCAGCUUAAUAGAUCCAGACACCUCAUUAAGUGAAUUGCGGGAUAUCUAUGACCUUAAGGACCAGAUACAGGAUGUAGAAGGGAGAUACAUGCAGGGGCUUAAAGAACUAAAGGUAUCAGGGCCCAGUCUGCAGCCCACGCAUGCUCUGUAUGCAGAAGUGUCGGAGUCUUUGUCUGAAGUGGAAGAAAAAUACAAGAAAGCCAUGGUUUCUAAUGCACAGUUAGACAAUGAGAAGAAUAAUUUGAUCUAUCAAGUAGACACACUCAAGGAUGUUAUUGAAGAACAGGAGGAACAGAUGGCAGAAUUUUACAGAGAAAAUGAAGAAAAGUCAAAGGAGUUAGAAAGGCAGAAACAUAUGUGUAGCGUGUUGCAACAUAAGAUGGAUGAACUUAAAGAAGGUCUUCGUCAAAGAGACGAACUUAUUGAGGAGAAUCAGCGCAUGCAGCAGAAACUAGACACCAUGACAAAAGAGGUGUUUGACCUCCAGGAGACACUUCUUUGGAAAGAUAAAAAAAUUGGGGCCCUAGAGAAACAAAAAGAAUACAUUGCCUGCCUUAGGAAUGAGCGAGAUUUGCUCAGAGAGGAGCUGGCUGCCCUGCAGGAGACAGUGAAGACGGGAGAGAAACAUGGCUUAGUUAUAAUCCCCGAUGGCACUCCCAAUGGUGAUGUCAGUCAUGAACCAGUGGUUGGAGCCAUCACUGUUGUGUCUCAGGAAGCUGCUCAGGUCUUGGAGUCAGCGGGAGAAGGGCCACUAGAUGUACGGCUACGAAAACUUGCUGGAGAAAAGGAAGAGCUGCUAUCACAGAUUAGAAAACUGAAGCUGCAGUUAGAGGAAGAACGACAGAAGUGCUCCAGGAAUGAUGGCACAGUGGGUGACCUGGCAGGACUACAGAAUGGCUCAGACUUGCAGUUCAUUGAAAUGCAGAGAGAUGCCAAUAGACAAAUUAGUGAAUACAAAUUUAAGCUUUCAAAAGCAGAACAGGAUAUAACCACCUUGGAGCAAAGUAUUAGCCGGCUCGAGGGACAGGUGCUGAGAUACAAAACUGCUGCUGAGAAUGCUGAGAAAGUGGAAGAUGAACUAAAAGCAGAAAAAAGGAAACUACAACGGGAGUUACGAACAGCGCUGGACAAGAUUGAGGAGAUGGAGAUGACCAACAGCCACCUGGCCAAGCGGCUGGAGAAGAUGAAGGCCAACAGGACAGCACUUCUGGCCCAGCAAUAGGGAGGCCACCCUUUGACCUGGGCACUGCUCCUUGGGGCCCUGCCCAGAGGAACUGACUUUUUGUCCAUUGACAGAAACCCCUUUCAGUAGUACUGUUUGAGUUUUGUCAUUAAAAUAGCCACCUUUGUAUUUUAUAAUUUAUGAGAGAAUGAAGCAGGUUUGAAUCUUCA